AUGGCCUCCAAUCAAACAACUUCUUCCUAUGCAGUUGCUUCCUCCAAUACUCCACAUCCAUGGACGAUAAGAGAGGUAAUGGUGGUAACACAAUGUUGGCUGAACGUUUACGAGGAUGUAACAACCAUGGUUAACCCUGAUUGCUUUACAGGGGGAAACGAAAUCCCCAAAAUUUUGAAAACCCGCCUUGUUUUUUUUUCUUCUAUCUACUUUUCAUCCUUGCAAUCCACUCUCCCCUCUCUGAUACUCUCUCUUCUAGAUCUCCCUUCAUUCUCUACCACCCGUCUCUCUGUAAACCUCGAAGGUGAAUCAUGUAGCACAUUCCAAACUGGGGAUUUAACCAAACCCGAUAGAGCCAUUGACGGAAUCUUUGGAUUCAGUCAACAAGGACUCUCUGUAAUCGCACAACUUUCUUCACAAGGGAUCACUCCAGGUCUUCAAUCUAUCAAUCUACAAUGGCCAUUGUCUAGGAUUAUUCCAUCUUUUAAGGAUAUGGCAUCACACCCCUGCGACCGGGUUACUCUCGAGCCUAAUAGGGUCGUUGAAACCCUCAAGAAUCUCACUACAAUGUUUUGUGACUACAGAGUGCUUGAUGUCGUGAACUUGUUACCCACUGCCAAUGAUGGAACCAUCACGCAUUUAUAUAUGCAGCUGCUGAACUUGUUAGAUGUGAUCGUUGACAAUGCGGAAAGCAAGCAAGCUCCUGCUCCUGAAGAAUAA